CCGCCGCUGCAUCUUCUAAAAAACUAGGGUUUGAUGCGAAACAAGAUCAGGUUUCUGCGCCGCCGCCGCAGCUCUCGUGCUUCCCCUAGCCGGUUUUCACAUGAGUUCAUGUUGCUAGCUCCAGCAAACCUCACCGUGCCCCUCGCCUGACGUUGUUUGACCAUACAGUCCAACCGCAGCUCGGUUUGCUCAAAGGGUAGCGAUCUUCAAUAUACUGUAUUAAGCUGCAGAAGCGUAGGUAAUUUAGAUCCCGGCGGUUGUUACUUACAUCUAGAUCUUCUGACAGACGGCCGCAGGGAAUCAGCUUGCCAAUACCAACCGUCAGGAAAGACGAGGGGGGAUUGACGAUGAAACGCCAGUUUGUUAAUCUGGUACUUGGUACAUUCAGGAGUGGCUCCUUCGGGAUGCACCGCAUCAAAUCGUCGAGUCUCUUCCACCCAAAGAAUCAGAACCGACGGUCACUGCCACUGACAUCGCUGGAAGAAGCUGAGCUGCCUAAACCUGCAUGGACACUCAGUCUUUCCAUCCUCAAGGAAGAUGGCGGGGACCUUAUGUUCAUGCCCUUUGGCAGCAGCAGGGACAAGAUUGUCAGCGCAGACCAGGAUGGCAUCGUCCUUGUUCACGACAUCUGCCAGAACAGGCUCUCCAGCAAGCCCAGGCUCAAGAAUGGGUGGAAUGCUAACUCCAUCGCCAUCACCCUCGGUGAUGACUUGUACCUCAUCAACAGGUGCCCUCGCGUGCCUGACCGGUUUCAGCCCUAUCGACCCUGCUUCCAAGCCCUCAUCAAUGGUGUACCUCCAGCCGAUGUCCCUGGUCUUCCAGGGUGGUACUGGCACUCUCUUCCACUGCCCCCUUACGUGGAGACGUCUGGGUACGAGCAUAGCUGUGCUUCCAAAAUCGUCUCCUCCACCGUGGUUCGUGACAACAUCUGGGUGUCUACCAGGGGUGACGACAUUGGUACCUACUCCUUUGACAAGGUCAGCCAUGAGUGGAGCAAAGUUGGCAGCUGGGAGCUCCCAUUCUGCGGUGAUGCUCAGUACGUCCCUGAGCUUGAUCGCUGGCUUGGAUUCUCAUGUGGACGAGAUGACCAGUUCUUGUGUGCUUCAGACCUCUCGGUGGCGGCUGCAGAUGGGGCAGUGCCCACUGUGUGCUGCGUUUGGAAGGAAGACAUUGCUACAAACCCGCAGAACUGGGAGCUGCUAAGGUCUGACCUUGUGCGUGUUGAUAACGGCAGGUUCUGCAUCGCCAGGCAGUUUCAUGUCUACGACAACCACCCCUUUCUCGAUGAGAAUUUUGCUGUGUUGACGGGUGUGGAGUUGGAGCAUACAGCUGAGGACGGGAUCCAGGUGGUCAAGCACAAAUCCAUACGCUACAACUUUAAUGGUAAGCUGCUCCAAUUGGUAUGUUAAGUGGAGUAUUUGGUCGGAGGGAUAGCAAAUAAUGAGUUUCUAUGAUGGGAUGGAUGAUGUGUGGAUCAACCUCAUGGCAUGUGUGGGACGUAGGUAGAUGAAUGUUUGCUCUGGAAUCACUAUAUGGCUACACUCAGUCAGCCCCUCGGACCAAAAAGCUGAAUAAGUGAGCAAUUGAUGCUGAGUAAGCUGAUCAGAACUUCCAUGAUGUUUGUGUUUUGAGUUUAUGCAUCGUAGUGGGACUUUAGAGCUAUUCGAAUUUUCUUCGGCUUGUAAUGUACUAAUAUAUGUCACAUCGCCGGGUGGACAAUUUGCGCUCGGUGUUGGAACUUUUCGCGCCCUUUGACGGCUCUCGUUAUCUCCACUUUUCGCUGGUAACGCCGGCUCGCUCA